AUGGAAGAAAUCCAUGAAGGAAUAUGCUCAGCACAUCAGGGAGCCUUCACGAUGUCCAGGAAAGUAACCUUGCAAGGAUACUUCUGGCCAACGAUUAUUAGAGAUUGUGCAGAGUAUGUGCGUAAAUGCAAGGUUUGCCAGGAGUUCCAGAGGGUGCCGGGGCGACCGGCGACAAAUUAUACCCCGAUCAGCACGGCGAGUCCCUUUGCUCGGUGGGGCAUCGAUCUGGUCGGUAUUUUGCCUCGAGGAACGGGAAACAACACAUAUCUGGUGGUCGCAAUCGACUACUUCACCAAGUGGGUCGAGGCCGCCCCCGUACCGACCAUCACUGCAGAACAGAUGACGAAGUUCGUUUCCAAGCAAAUUUUGUGUCGAUUUGGGGUGCCUCAGCAAAUCAUCACUGACAACGGAACCCAAUUCGAGGCCGGAGGGUUCAAUGAGUUUCUACAGAGUUGGGGCAUAGGUCACAGCUAUGCAGCGGUCGGGUACCCUCAAACCAAUGGACAGGUCGAGAACACCAAUCGCACCAUCAUGGACGGACUCAAGAAGAAAAUAAAGGAAUGCAAAAGUGCCUGGGUGGAGGAAUUGCCCUACAUCUUGUGGACCUACAAGACUACCCCAAGGAAGGCUACAGGUGAAACUCCUUUCUCGCUCACAUAUGGAUUUGAAGCAAGGGCUCCAGCAGAGACCUCAUUGUUGAGCUAUAGAGUGGAGACGUUUGAUGCACAAGAGAAUGAGGAGAAUUUGAGGGCAGAACUGCACCUCGUUGAUGAGUGAAGGGAAAGGGCAUAUAUGCGAGCAGAAAAUUAUCGCCGACAGGUCAAGUCAUAUCACGACCAGCGGGUACGACCAAGGAAGUUCCAGGUGGGCGACGGGGUCCUUCGGAAAAGGGAAGUCAGCCGACCGACCGAUGGAGGGAAGUUUGCUAAAAGCUUCGAGGGACCAUACAUCAUAAAGGAGGCGUUGGCUG